AUGUUGUCCUUUGCACGAAAGGUUUCGGCACCUGUUACCACCCGACUUACUGCUGCCAGAGCAACAAACACCCUGGCUACCAGAUCCAUUCUAUCUACGACCCCUCGAUAUAUCCAACAACGCCGUGCAUACAGCAAUGACUUGAGCACUGCCGCUGCUGAAAAGGAGACAAUUGUCAAACUGCUGUACAACAUUGGCUCUCGCAAAGAAGUCGAGCAAUACUUGCGCCACUUUUCGUCUGUCGAAUCCCAAAAGUUUGCCGUCAUCAAAGUCGGUGGUGCCGUCUUGACGGACGAGUUAGAAACGUUGGCCUCUGCCUUGACGUUUUUAAACCGUGUGGGUCUUUACCCUAUUGUACUUCACGGUGCAGGUCCACAAUUGAACCGAUUGCUCGAAGAUGCCGGUGUUGAGCCACAAUACGAUGAAGGUAUCCGUAUCACCGACCCACAAACACUCGAAAUUGCCCGCAAGGUGUUCAUGUCAGAAAACUUGAAGUUGGUCGAUGCGUUGGAACGCCACGGUACACGCGCGCGUCCCAUCCCUGGCGGUGUCUUUGUGGCUGAAUAUUUGGACAAGGCCAAGUAUCAGUACGUUGGCAGAAUCACAUCGGUGAAUAAGGACGCUAUCGAAUCGUCGAUCCGCGCCGGUGCGUUGCCAAUUUUGACCUCGCUUGCAGAGACGCCUGAUGGCCAGAUCUUGAACGUGAAUGCCGAUGUCGCCGCCGCCGAAUUGGCUACGGUCUUGGAACCUCUCAAGAUUGUGUUCUUGAACGAAAAGAACGGUCUUUACCACGGCGUGACGGGCAAAAAGAUCGAUACAAUCAACCUGGAUGAAGAAUAUGAAGAUUUGAUGAAGGAAUCGUGGGUUCGUUAUGGUACCAAGCUCAAGAUCCGUGAGUGCAAGGAAUUGUUGGAUGGAUUGCCACGCUCUUCGUCCGUCGCCAUCAUCUCGGCCGGCCAUUUGCACAAGGAAUUGUUUACUGAUUCGGGUGCUGGUACGCUCAUCCGCCGUGGCCACAAGUUGUUCAAGUUUGACAAACUCGACCAGGUCGAUCCCGACAAGAUCCGUCGCAUCAUGGAAGCCGAGGAUGAGGUCGUCAAGACUGGCGAAGCGUCUGUUGCUAGCUACUUGCGCGACUUGCAAAAGAAGGACGUCACGCUUUACACCGAUGAGCCUGGUCAGGUCUUGGCCAUUGUUACCAAGGAUCCUGAGAAUCCUUCCCAGCCUGCCGUGCUGGAAAAGCUGUUGGCUAGCAAAACCGCUGUGCUUAACAAUGUUCCCGAGAACUUGUGGAACACCAUCCGCAAGGACUUUGAUGUGUUGACCUGGCGUGUCGGUUCCAAGGCCGAGGACGGUAACUUGGAUCGCUCGUGGCAUUUCGAGCGUGCUGAUGGCUCGCUCCGUAGCCCUCAAGAUGGUAGCACCAUGUUCUUCUACGGUAUCCAGGAUUCGGACAGCGUUAAACAGACUUUGGAUGGCUUCAAGCAUACCUCUUCCGCAAAAGCCCCUGCUGGCGCCCGAUCUUUCUCAACUUUCGCUCAACAACGUCGUGGAUUUGCUUCUUCAUCGGCUUCUCGCAAGAAUGUUGGUUUGAUUGGUGCCCGUGGUUAUACCGGUCGCGAAUUGAUCAACAUUAUCAACAACCAUCCCGAACUCAACCUCACUCACGUCAGCUCGCGUGAAUUGGAAGGCAAGCCUUUGGAAGGAUACACCAAGUCCUCGUUGACCUACGUCAACUUGAAGCCCGAAGAUCUCAAGGCUCAAGAGCAAGUCGAUGCCUGGGUGCUGGCUCUGCCCAACGGUGUCUGUGCACCUUUUGUCAACCAGGUAGAAGCUGAUGUCAAGGAAGGCAAGUCGUCCGACAAGGUACUUGUUGAUUUGAGCGCCGACUACCGAUUCGAUAACACUUGGACUUAUGGUCUUCCUGAAUUCAACCGUCAAAACUUGGGCGGUGCCACACGUAUUUCUAACCCUGGCUGCUAUGCCACUGGCGCCCAAAUGUCACUUCGUCCAUUGCUCCCCUUCUUCGACCAAUACUCAGCACCGACCGUCUUUGGUGUGUCGGGGUACUCUGGUGCUGGCACCAAGCCCUCGCCCAAGAACGAUCCCAAGGUGUUGCACGACAAUCUCUUACCUUACGCCAUGACCAACCAUAUCCACGAACGUGAAGUCUCGUACCAACUCGGCAAGCCCGUCAACUUUAUCCCCCACGUUGCCUCGUUUUUCCAGGGCAUCCAAUUGACCGUCAAUGUUCCGUUGAACAAGACCAUGACCAGCAACGAUGUCCGCAGCGUGUUUGAGGAAUUCUAUCAGGGCGAGAAGCUCGUUCAUGUGUUGGAAUCUGGUGAACCUUAUGUUCGUGAUAACUCUGGCAAGCAUUUCGUCCGUGUUGGUGGAUUCUCUGUCCAUCCUGAUGGCAAGCGUGUGGUUGUCGCCACUACCAUUGAUAACUUGUUGAAGGGUGCUGCUACUCAGGCCGUCCAGAACUUGAACUUGGCUUUGGGCUUUGAUGAAUAUGCUGGUAUUCCUCUCAACUAA